GCCCGCCAGCGGGCUCCACAGAGCCACGCACCGCCCCCAGUCCUGCCUCCGCGGGCGGAGCUCCGGGCGGAAGGGCUCUCGCGGGCGGAGACGCAGCAGACAGAGGACCGACUGUCUGACGGCCGAGGGAACCCGCCCGCCUGCAUGGCAGCCCCCGUCGCCCCCGCCUGCCAGAAGAUCGCCAUCUUCGGCGCCACCGGCAUGACCGGCUUGGCCACCCUGGCGCAGGCCAUCGAGGCCGGUUACCAGGUGACGGUGCUGGUGCGGGAUCCCAGGCGGCUCCCUGCGGGGCUCCGGCCGGCGCGUGUGGUGGUGGGAGACGUGCUGAACCCCGAGGAUGUCGAUGGGGCCGUGGAGGGACAGGAUGCCGUGAUCGUCAUCUUGGGCACCCGCAACGACCUCAGUCCCACCACCAUGAUGUCCGAGGGCACCCGGAACAUUGUGACCGCCAUGAAGGGCCACGGCCUCCGCAAAGUGGUGGUCUGCCUGUCAGCCUUCCUGAUGUGGGAUCUGGAAAAGGUUCCUGCCAAGCUGCGGCCGGUGACGGAGGACCACAUCCGGAUGCAGCAGAUCCUGAAGGAGUCGGGGCUCGACUGCGUCUACGUCAUGCCCCCCCACAUUGCAGGUGAUCAGCCCCUCACAGGUGACUACACGGUGACUGUGGACACGUCCAGUGGCUCCCGGGUCAUCUCCAAGCACGACCUCGGGCACUUCUUCCUCAAGUGCCUGACCACCUCUGAGUAUGACGGGAAAAACGUCUACCUCUCCAGGCAUUACCCCAAAGAGUGACGCUGCCAGCAGCCCCGCCCUUCGCCGUCCGCCCCCCCCCCCGCCCCACGGAUGCUGCUCGCCCACCCCCACGCUGCCUUGGAUGCUGCCGAGUGCCUUUUCCCAUUCACUGGAGCCUGGAGGCGGGGGGGGCGGGGGGGCGGGCGAGCGCUCAUCCUGCUCCCCUCUGGGUCAGGUAGUCUUGUGACUGCUCUUGCAUGUCAGCAGAUGCUUCUGAAUGUUGAAAAAGCAGCUGAGCAUGUCGCACGCCUACUGUGUGUGCGCAUGCGUGCACAGACGCAUGCACUCACAUGGGAAUUCUGAGCUGCAGCUUACCCCUGGGCUCCUUCCUCAAGGGGGGUGGGACAAGGUUGUUGCAUUUGGUGGGGAGGGGGUUAGGGUACUUGCGUACUCAGCAAACUACCUUGGGGGGGGGCUGUGAAGGGAGCGUUGCUUGCUUGGAACAGCAGGCAUUUGUAAGCUUCAGAAUGAUACAGAACUAAUCAGAACUAAUUUGCCUAAAGUUGAAAAUUGAUUGCAUUAAAAAGAGGGAUAGAGAAAUAAAUUAAAUUAAAUUAAACUUCUUGGAGCAGAAAGUAAUAUUUUUUUGCAAUUUGCUUCCAAAGCUUAGCAGAAAGUGACUACUAAAUGUAUAAAAUAAAUAUACUAAGAUUACUUGCCAAUGCAGUGUUCCAAAAGUUUUGGAUUAAAUGGAAAUGGUCAAGCA